AUGCCGCCAAAGGUGGUUCUUGCGCGGCACACAGCCACUGCGAGCGAGGCCACUCUUACCAAUGGAGGCAAAUUCAAUGAGACAUCCUACUCCAGGAAAUCCGAAUCCUUAUAUCUCGACCUCGACAAAGAGAUCGAUUUAGAAGCACAGAUCCAACAGAACCAACGCAAGCCCAAGGUGUUUGCAUCCACCCGAUAUGCCAUUCUCACACUAUACCGACGUCUGUUCACGCUAGUCUUCUGCGCCAACGUGGCCGUCUUCGUAUAUGUCAUGAGCACGGAACAAAAACUGUUGGCCCUGGUUAAUGCCACCGCUGCCAAUUUGCUGACCUGCGGUCUGGCUCGCCAGCCGUUGGUGGUCAAUGCUAUCUUUGUGAUCGUAUGCUCGAUGCCGCGCUCAGCGCCGCUACCCCUCCGUCGAAUCGCCGCAAAGGUUUACCACUACGGUGGUGUCCAUAGCGGCUGUGGAGUCGCUUCUCUCGUGUGGUACGUGGGAUUCGUCGGCGUGCUAUCCCACCAGUAUUGGAAACCAUCAGCAGAUGGUUCGGAAAUCGGCAUCUCAGCAGCACCAGUUGCCUUAGCUUAUGUCAUCUUGGUUCUGUUGUUGGCGAUAAUCGUGGUGGCCCACCCCGCCUUCCGGAUGAAACGGCAUGAUUAUUUCGAACUCACCCACCGUUUUUCGGGGUGGCUUGUCGUGACCUUAUUUGUCACCUUGUUACUCGUCUUCUCCCGAGGUGCUAGCAAGUCCAUGGGCCAAUCGCUUGGAGCCUUCCUCGUCGAACUACCAGCAUUCUGGUUCCUGGUGUUUACAGUAGCGGCCAUCAUCCAGCCUUGGCUAUUCCUCCGCAAGGUCGCGGUGCGGGCCGAACCACUCUCGACCCACGCAACCCGCUUGCACUUCGACCAUGCUAUUACCACUUUUGGAAAAGGCAUCCAACUAGCCAAGCACCCACUUCGUGACUGGCAUGGUUUUGCCACUUUCCCCGACCCUGCUCCCGCAGGCGUCCAUGGCAACCCAAGCUUCUCUUCCUUGGUAUCCAAAGCUGGCGACUGGACCGCAGAUACGAUCCAGAAUCCACCUACCCAUCUUUGGAAGCGUGGUGUGUUGAUCUAUGGCUUCGCAUAUGCCAUGCGCGUUUUCAAGAGAGUGAUAGUCGUCACUACCGGAUCGGGCAUCGGACCUUGUCUCUCGUUCCUCGGUGAUGAUAACCGACCCGCACUGCGAGUGCUUUGGCAAACCCGUGCGCCUCAUAAGACCUACGGUGAUGGGGUGAUGCAUCUGGUCCAUACGAUGGAUUCAGCCCCCAUAAUCCUGGACACCGACAAAUGUGGGCGUAUGGACAUGGUGCCUAUCAUCUUGCAGCAGGUUAGGGACUUCAAGGCUGAAGCGGUGUGCGUUAUCAGUAACCCUGUGCUGACAGCGCGAAUCGUCUAUGAGCUGGAAUGCCGAGGGACCCCGGCUUUUGGUCCCAUUUUUGAUUCCUAA